AUUUCUAUGCACUUGUAAUUUUAGACCCCAGAGUGUGAAAGACUUUUAUUUUGGUCUGGCGAUAUGACGCCAUAAGGAUGCGCCGAGCUCCUGCAUCUGUGUGAUUCGGCUUCAGAAAGGAAAAACUAAUGAAACGACUGAGAUCGAUGUGACACACUAUUAUAAAGAUGGCGUUUAUUAAAGAGGAGAGUGAAGACGUGAAGAUUGAAGAAACAUUUGGAGUGAAAAAUGAAGAUGUGAAGAUUGAAGAAACAUUCAGAGUGAAACAAGAAGAUGCCGAGGAACAAACAGACCUGAUGGCACUGAGAGAGGCGAGUCAUGAACUUAAUGAAAAGGAAGAAAAAGACCAUUAUAAUAAACAUGAUUUCAUGACUGGUGAAAGAUCGACAAAGGCUAAAAAGACUUCCUCGCAAAAAAGAGCUCAAAAGACAAGAACGAAAAGUUUUUUCAUCUGCCAACAUUGUGGAAAGUCUUUUGAUAAUCGUAGAAACCUUCAUGUCCACAUGAGAGUUCACACUGGAGAGAAGCCUUUCACCUGCCAACAGUGUGGAAAUAGUUUCACUCAACAAGGAAGCCUUAAAAUCCACAUGAGAAUUCACACUGGAGAGAAGCCUUACACCUGCCAACAGUGUGGAAAGAGUUUCAAUCGCAAAGGAAGCUAUAAAUUUCACAUGAGAAUUCACACUGGAGAGAAGCCUUACACCUGCAAACAGUGUGGAAGGAGUUUCAGUCGUAAAAAUGGCUUUAAAAUACACAUGCGAACACACACAAUUGAGAGCUCUUACACCUGCCAACAAUGUGGAAAGAGUUUCACUCAUAAAGGAAGACUUAAAAUACACAUGGGAGUUCACACUAGAGAGAAGCUUUAUACAUACUCUCAGUGUCGUAAGACUGUUGUUCACACUGGAGAGAGCCCUUUCACCUGCCAACAGUGUGGAAAAGGAUUCACUCUAAAUGGAAGCCUUAACAGGCACAUGAGAAUUCACACUGGAGAGAAGCCUUUCACCUGCAAACAAUGUGGAAAAAGUUUCAACCAAAUAGGAAACCUUAAAGUCCACACAAUGAUUCACACUGGAGAGAAGCCUUACACCUGCCCUCAGUGUGGAAAAAGUUUCAACCGAGAAGGAUACCUAAAAGUCCACAUGAGAGUUCACACUGGAGAAAAGCCUUAGACAUGUAAACAGUGUGGAAAAAGUUUCAAACAAAAAGGAAUCCUUAAUUACCACAUGAGAAUUCCAGACCUGCCAACCUUGGAAAAUGUUUUCGAGUACCAGUUUGACUGGACGGGGCAUGGUCUACAUUAAAGGAUUAAUUCCUUUAAUGUAAUUUUGACUGUUAAAGUUUUUUUACUUUGACAUAAUUAAAAAUUUUACUACACCUGCGCAAAAGCAUUUUUUUAAUUCAUGAUUAAUCUUGCAUUGCAUAAUGUGUUCUUAUACAAACUGACAACCACAAGUGAAUCGCAUUCAUAUAUUUAAUAUGGACUAAAUUUUUUUGUUUGGAAUUUCAAGUAGGCUAUAUUUACAUACAACUAACCUGACAGUUGAGUCGUUUAUACAGGUUUUGUAAUGAAGACUAGUCUACAAUUAAGAAACCCUUAGAAAAUAGUAAACAUUGAGUUUACAUGUGAUUCAUUUAAAAUACUUAAUUUAUUAUUCCAAUAUCCAAAUAUGAUACUAAAUCCCACAGAAAAAAAGGGUUUCUAUUUGUAACAUGCUGUCUUUGAAUUAUAAACAAGACAAACAUUCACUGAAUAAAGGUUAGCCAAUACAAACAUAUUUAUAGAAAACAGUUGACAAUGAAUAGACAGGACCAAUAAGCGCAAACGAAUCGAGUAUUCAAGAAUAUCAAGAAGUUAGUCCGACAUAUAACGAUGGGUUGUGUUAACUAAAGCGUCCGUCAUUUACCGAAUCUUAAAAACACGGGUGGAUAAUUAAAAAUCUUUUCUGACAAAAAAA